AUGGCCACAAGCUGGCUCGAACCCGGGUCGAAAAUCCAAGAGAUCGCGAAGGAAGUCACCCAAACGCUAAGCAACAAGGGAAUCUCAUGCGUGCUAUGGAAUCAAGCUGCUAUGGAUGUGUACGGCUACGUCAAUGAGGACCCUACGUUUAAUAUCAAAACGGUCGAUGUUAUUGUCUCGGAUCUGAAGUUUGACAUCGCAAAGGAAAUUCUCGCUGCAGCUUCGGGAGGGUGCUGCGAGGAAACAACUCCCAUAGACCUCGACUUGGGUCACUCCGAAGCGCAUUUCCUCUGGAAACCGCCAAGAACUCAGAAUUCUGAACAAGCAGAAGAGAAGAUCUUAGUUGGUCUUGUACGCCAGCGAAGGGUAUUGUGGGGAAGGGGACCUCUUGAAGACACUCUUGAACCGGGAGCACCGGUAGCGUUCUUGAACGAGGACUUUGUUAGCGCAGAAAACCGAAUCUUUCCUGACCAUGAUCCUGAUGUGGGAAGUAGCGCAUCGGAGAUCCCAAACUUACCAGCGGGCUAUGGUCGUUAUAAUAUGUUCACUUGUCAGGUCUAUAUUAUGAGACCGUACCUUUACGCGAAGACUCUUAUCUUAUGCGCUGUUCGCAACUACGAAGGCAACAACCACAUCCCUAUUGAGGCCAUGAUUCUCAGAAAGAUGGGUGACUGUUUAGACCGCUACAAUGUUGUACGCGAUCUUCCGUUCCCAUAUCACAUGCUCUAUACACAGCUCAGGAAUAGCCCGGAUAGCCCCGCGGCCACUACGGAUUGGGUUCAACGAGCAUGUCGAACCUUGGUCGGAAUCUCGGAUCUUGGAUGA